GUGACCUAGUUCAGCGUGGACCUUCUCGCAAAACUGAUGGGAUGUACUACCUACGAGCUAAAAACACUCAACCAGCCUUUCCUGUCUACUGCGAAUUGACAACAGACGGUAGAGGCUGGACUCUUAUUGCCCGCUUUUCAAAUAAUGACGUCAAGAACUGGAUGGCUGACACUGGCCAUUGGUGGUACGACCGUCAAGUUGCCACUGGAAAGACAGAGAGUCCCUUUAUAAACACUGACAUGAUCUCACCAGCAUUUUGGUUGGUCAGAGGAAGCGAAUUUAAGAUCACGCGUAGUGACGACCCUAGUCACACUCCUCUGUUACAGACCACAGGUAACUGUUUGGCUGGACAAACAUUCCGAUCUAAAAUCACAAGUUAUGGCGACUUUAGAAAUGGCAAGGUCUGGGCCAGUGAUCAGUGUCUGGGAAGUUGUACGGUUCAAUAUGGCGGACAGUACAAGUCAACAGACGGGUUUCAACAGGCUGAUUGCAAAGGAAACAUCCAAAGCGCCAACAAGAUCGGCUUCUGGUGUGACUGGAGUGGUGGGGAUGGAUCAGUGAUGAUGAUUGGUGGAGGAGGAAGUAGCUGUGCACGUGCUGAUCAUGGGAUUGGGAUCACAGAAACUGCCGCUGCUUCUUUCGUUGAAGAUGGUGGUAGUGAAACUGAAUAUGACUUUGGUUAUGAUGGUGAAAAAAAUAAAGCUCCAUUCCAGUCCUACUCGUUGAACUUAUGGAUACGUUAA